UGGAAAGAGCUUUGGGGUUUGUUGGGUUUUCCUUGACUUCAGCUUGGGAGUAUGGCGGGCCCCGUUUGAUCGCAGGGACGCUUGGAAAGUGAGUGGCGCCUUUCUCUUGAGAUGCUUCAUGCUGAAUGUAAGCCAAGAUACCUUGAAAGUCAGGAUGCAUCAGUAACUGAGCCUUGUUCUAAAAGGAUGAAAUCAACAGAAGAACCUUAUGGUAAAUCAUAUGAUGGAUUGCAAAGACUUCAUGAGGAAGUACAUAUUAAAAAAACCCAUAGUGGGUUUAUUCCAUUUUCCCUAUCCAAUGAUCAUGAUGAGGUACAACCGGAAAAAGGAACUACAGAAGACCCAUUUAACAAGGCAUUCCCUGGUAAAAAACCAAUACCAUCAAAACCUUCAGGUUCAGUAAACAAGAAUGAAGGAGAGAUUGAACUGUAUAGCACAAGCAAAGCAUUUAUUGGACCCAUUUUUAAAAGUAAAGCCAAUAUCCUACAUGAUCAAAGGAAAAAGUAUAUUGACAGCAACUGUCCCAAAGUGUCAAAUGCAACUCUUGGAAGAAGUUCUAAAAAAGGAAUAGCACCAAAACAGGCUGCCCCCUGUGAUGUACCAAAAUUAGAAGAUGAAUUGUUCCAGUUUUAUAGUGAGAUUUAUAAGCUUGAAAGCAGUGAAAAUUGUUUGGAUGGUGCUUUACAGCAAACAGAAACAAACUCACAUAGGCAACCUGUGGAAUAUAAUAAAUGGAAUCAAAUAGUUUGUGUUAACUCUCAAGAAAGGCCCUAUAGAAUGCCACCUAAUAGUGGUGAUUGUCAUUCAUUUUAUAAUGAGUCAAGUGGUAAUAGAACAGGCAGUGAACAAUAUCUCUACAAUGACUCAAUAGGUCACAGAAGUGGCAUUCAACAAUGUUGUAACAAUGAAAGAGAUAUAUGGGAAGCUAAACAAUUAUGUAAUAGACAAGAAGGUUCUAGAUUCUGCAACAAUCCUAUGCCUCAGUUUAGACCUGGUUGGCAACACACAAAUCCAUAUAUGAUACCUUUCAGGCCUCCCCCACCUCAGUUCACAACUCAUUUUAAUUUUCAGGAACCUAAUUCCUCAUCACUUCAUUCGGAUAUUUUCCAACGCUCUGAUGUGGGAUCAUUUAAAAGCACCCAUAUUAACAUGAGCAGUUCAAUAUGUGAACAAGAUAGUGAGUAUGCUAAUCAUUUUGGUACUCAUAUUACACAGACCACCAGAAAUGGAUUUAAUGUGCCUGAUGGACACGUUGUUAAUGGUUUCUCUGAAACCCGACCAUUAAAUCGGAAAGACAUUAAAUCAUACCAGAGUGAAGGAUUGAACAUAGUUUCUCAGCAGUUUCCUGAGGACAAGUUAUGUGAGUCACAAAAGCUACUCCUAAUUUUAAGAGGUCUUCCAGGCUCAGGGAAGACAACAUUGUCUCAUAUUCUGCUUGGUCAGAGUCGUGAUGGCAUUGUAUUCAGCACCGAUGAUUACUUUCGUCAGAACAAUGGAUGUUGGUCAUAUAAUGUUUAUCAGCUUGGUGCUGCUCAUGACUGGAACCAGAAGAGAGCAAAACAAGCAAUGGACCAAGGAAGAUCCCCAAUUAUAAUAGACAACACUAAUACACAAGCCUGGGAAAUGAAGCCUUAUGUGGAAGCGGCUCUAGAAAAAGGCUACCGAGUAGAAUUCCAUGAACCAGACACAUGGUGGAAGUUUGACCCUGAAGAAUUAGAAAAGAGGAAUGAACAUGGGGUGAAUCGUGAGAAGAUUGUUCAAAUGCUGGAAAGAUACGAAUAUCAAAUGUCAAUACCCAUUGUCAUGAAUUCGGUGCUGCCUUUUCACAAAACUUCACUAAUGCCACCUCUGCAAAGAAGACAGAGGUGGGGAGGCUGUUCAGACUCUUGGAAUACUUUCAGUGUAUCAAAUAGCCGAUAAUAGUGUAUCGAAUUACUCAGGGUACACUUAACUAAGGCCAAUUCUCUCUUUUAAAAAAAAGGCUACAAUUUGGCACAAAGUUAGUAGAUUUAAGUCUAUUGAAAUGAGUGGGUUUAAGCCUGCUUAACUCCGUGUUGAAUUAUUGUCAGGCUGUUCAAUGACUUUCUUUUAAGGUGUAAAUAAUCUUAAUGUAGAUAAUUACCUCUUGGAGACUGUUUAUAAAAAUGUAAAUGUUUAAUAAAAUUGAAUGUUAAAUAUUUUAAAA